AUGCCGAUACGUGAGCAGGAGCUACGGCGACCCGUGGAACGGGUAACCGACCAGCUGGAAACCCCGUCUCUGGACGACCGGGACUACCGCGUCGUACGGCUGCCCAACCAGCUCGAGGUCCUGCUCGUCCAUGACCCGGAGACGGACAAGGCGAGCGCGUCCAUGGACGUCAAUGUCGGAAACUUCAGCGAUGAGGUAGACAUGCCGGGCAUGGCACAUGCUGUGGAACAUCUUCUGUUCAUGGGCACCAAGAAGUAUCCAGAAGAGAAUGCGUACUCCCAGUAUCUCUCCUCCAACUCUGGUAGCUCUAAUGCCUACACUGGGGCAACAUCCACCAACUACUACUUUGAGGUGGCUGGUAGGCCAAAGGAUGACAAGGAACCAUCGGCUAGCAAUCCUUCCCCCUUGAAGGGAGCCCUCGACCGUUUUGCCCAGUUUUUCGUCGAGCCACUAUUCCUCGCAUCGACCUUGGACCGCGAGCUUCGAGCAGUAGACUCCGAAAAUAAGAAGAAUCUCCAGAGUGACCAAUGGCGUUUACACCAGCUCGAAAAAUCGCUUUCGAACCCAGAUCACCCCUAUUGUCAUUUCUCGACUGGCAGUUUAGACGUCCUGAAGAUCCAACCAGAAGCACGAGGAGUAAACGUUCGACAAAAGUUCAUAGACUUUUACGAGAAGCACUACUCCGCCAACCGGAUGAAACUCGUUGUCUUGGGCCGAGAACCGUUGGAUGUCCUGGAGGAAUGGGUCUCAGAAUAUUUCUCUGGCAUCGAGAACAAGAACUUGAAGCCAAACAGGUGGAAGGACACGGUACCGUUCGGCCCGGAGCAACUUUCUCUUCAGUGCUUUGCGAAGCCAGUCAUGGACUCAAGAGAACUGAACCUCUACUUCCCCUUCCUGGACGAGGAUGAUCUAUACGAGGCACAACCGAGUCGAUACAUUAGCCAUCUAAUAGGUCACGAGGGUCCUGGUAGUAUCAUGUCUUACAUUAAGUCUAAGGGCUGGGCGAACGGCUUGAGUGCUGGGGCAUACCCUGUGUGCCCUGGGAGCCCUGGUCUAUUUGACUGCUCGAUUCGGCUGACACAGGAGGGAUUGAAGCAUUACAAGGAGAUCGUGAAAGUCUUUUUCCAGUAUGUCUCCCUGCUUCGGGAGAGCCCUCCACAGAAGUGGAUCUUCGACGAGCAAAAGGGAAUGGCAGACGUGGACUUCAAGUUUAAGCAGAAGACACCUCCGAGCCGAUUUACCAGCAGAAUCAGCUCUGUCAUGCAGAAGCCUUUGCCUCGCGAGUGGCUCCUAAGCGGCCACAGCCGACUGAGAAAAUUCGACCCUAAACUCAUACAAAAGGCCAUCGAUUGCCUCCGUCCAGAUAAUUUUAGGAUGACCAUCGUUUCUCGGGACGUUCCUGGAAAGUGGGACCAGAAAGAAAAAUGGUACGGGACCGAGUAUACAUGCGAGAAGAUCCCGGCCGACUUCAUGCGAGAGAUCAAGGAAGCUGCUUCGACAACAUCUGCAAACCGCAUCUCCAAGCUACACCUCCCUCACAAGAAUCAAUUUAUCCCUACAAAGCUGGAAGUCGAGAAAAAGGAGGUCAAGGAACCAGCCAUCGCACCUCGCAUGAUUCGGAACGACCCGCUAGCUCGCACAUGGUAUAAGAAAGAUGACACAUUCUGGGUACCCAAGGCAAACCUUUUUGUCAGCUGCAAGAGCCCCAUUAUCUAUGCGUCUGCGGAGAGUUCCGUUAAAGCACGACUCUAUACGGACCUCGUUAGGGACGCGCUUGAGGAGUAUUCAUACGAUGCGGACCUAGCUGGCCUCCAGUAUAGUGUUUCGCUCGACUCACGUGGCCUCCUCGUUGAGGUGUCCGGAUACAACGACAAGCUGCCCGUCCUGUUGGAGCAAGUCUUGAAGACGAUGCGCGACAUAGAAAUUAAGGAUGACCGAUUUGCGAUCGUCAAGGAGCGCUUCAGCCGAGCAUUUAGAAACUGGGCUUUUCAGCAGCCUUUCCAUCAGGUUGGCGACUACACCAACUGGCUAACAACCGAACAUGAGCAUACUGUCGAGGAGUUUGUAGCCGAGCUGCCUUCUGUUACGGCAGACGACGUACGGUCAUUCCAUAAAGCACUAUUGUCUCAACUUCAUAUGGAGGUUCUUGUUCAUGGAAACCUCUACAAGGAAGACGCUCUCAAGUUGACAGAUCUCAUUGAGUCGACGCUUAAGCCUCGGGUUCUACCACGGCCACAGUGGCCAAUCUUACGAUCUCUCAGCUUUCCUCGAGGAUCGAAUUAUGUCUUCAAAAAGACGCUUGGGGACCCGGCGAACGUCAAUCACUGUAUUGAGACUUGGCUGUACGUCGGUGAUAGAGCUGAUCGGAUGAUUCGCGCAAAGACCUUGCUGCUGGACCAGAUGUUGCACGAACCAGCUUUCGAUCAACUGAGAACAAAGGAGCAGCUUGGAUACGUCGUAUUCUCUGGUGUCAAGGCCAUCUGCACCACAUACGGUUUCCGCUUCAUUAUUCAGAGCGAGAAGACUGCGGAGUAUCUAGAUACGAGGAUUGAGACCUUCCUUCAAACCUGGAAGGAGACACUGAAGAACAUGAGUGAUUCUGAUUUCGAGGGCCACAAGCGAAGUCUCAUCAUCAAGAGACUUGAGAAGCUUGAGAACCUUGACCAAGAGAGCAACCGCGCCUGGAACCAAGUCCACAUUGAAUAUUACGACUUUGAGCUUGCUCAACAGGAUGCGGCACACGUCAAACGCCUUACGAAAGACGACAUGAUUGAAUAUUUCGAGCGGUACAUCGAUCCGGCUUCUACCGAGCGCGCGAAGCUUUCGAUUUACAUGAUUGCUCAAGCCAAGAGCGACGUAUCCACGAAACAGAUAUCGGAGUUGGUCAAGACGCUGAACCUGGAGUCAGAGCAGGCAUCUCAAGCCGCAACGGAUCUGCAGGCUCGAUUGAGUGCCGCGGGGCAUGAUGAAGAGAAGGAGAUUGAGGGGCUGAAGGAGUAUCUGCUGCACGACUUGAAGGUUGCUGAAGACAAGAUCGAGGCCGCCGCCGAGUCGUGGCGAACGCUGCACCAAAACAACACCAACGGCGUCGUGAAAGACGAUGUCAAGGAGCCCCCGUCGUUCAACGGGAUCAAGCCGGUCAUCAUCGAAGAUGUCCGGGAUUACAAGUCGAGGCUGACGGCCACCGCAGGAGCGCGGCCGGUGAAGGACUUGAGCGAGUACGAGGAUUUGGACUCAAAGCUGUGA